AUGAAGACAUCCCAAAUUGCUCAACUUCUCUUCGCGGGCACUGCAUCAGCCGUGGUUUUACAGGCUAGACAAGACUAUAGCCAUAUUUCAAAGUGUCUCGUUGACGAGUGUUCCGAUUAUCAGGGGGAGCUAGUCGAUAGGUGUAAUCCAGAAGAAGAUUUUGAAAUGUCCAAUAAAGACCUUAAAAACAUAUCAGAUGAAGAGUUACAGUUUCUUGCUUGUUAUUGCGAGGUAUUCCAAUCCGCCAACAAUGAAUGUAGAAGUUGCUUGAAUCAAGCGCCCUCUGAGGACGCUGUGACACAUGACUCGAUCUGUCAGCAAGUUUCAUCUAGCAGCAGCAGUAGCACCUCUAUGAGUUCAACCUCUACUGCAGGUUCAACAACAACUACUGCAUCACCAUCUGAAAGUGAAGAUGGCGAUAACAACGAUGACGAUAACAGCGACAGUGAGGAUGAUGAUGGAGAUUCUGGUGCCAAUGCUUUCAGUUUCAAAUGUAGUGCCAUGGUCGCCAGUGGACUGGCAGUCGGCGCAGCUAUACUUUUAUAA